CUUAUAUAGCAGCAAUAUCAAAUACAAGAAUAUAUAUCAGAAGAUGAAGCAGCAAAGUAUACUUGUUUUCUCUUGCUUUCUUCUAAUUGGCAUUAGUUGUGUCAGUGCGGAAGCUCUAAGUUGUAGCCCGAGCGGGAAGAUAAUCGGGAAGAAGCCUCCACCAAAUCAAUGUAACCAAGAGAACAAUUCCGAUUGCUGCAAACAAGGAAAAAUCUACACCACCUACAAAUGCUCACCACCAGUGACAGGCCAUACAAAAGCAACCUUGACAAUCAAUAGCUUCGAGAAGGGCGGCGACGGUGGUGGACCUUCGGAAUGUGACAAUCAGUACCACUCAGAUGAUACUCCGGUGGUUGCUCUAUCGACCGGAUGGUUUAACAAUGAGAGCAGGUGCUUGAAAUAUAUUACAAUCUAUGGUAAUGGAAGGAGUGUUAAGGCCAUGGUAGUCGACGAGUGUGACUCGACGAUGGGGUGUGAUUCUGAUCAUGAUUAUCAACCUCCAUGCCGUAACAAUGAUGUUGAUGCUUCCAAGGCGGUUUGGAAGGCUUUGGGAGUGCCUGAAAGUGACUGGGGUGAAUUGGAUAUAUACUGGACAGAUGCUUGAGUCUUGAACACCACAUAUACCAGUAUUUGCUUUGCUUUUAAAUGUUAUGUACUUGUGAUGUUAUGAUUGUGAACUUCUUUAUGUACAUUUGAAUAUACAUAUGUGUGUGUAUGUAUGUAUACAUGUAUAUUUGUUGUAUCUUUUCGCGUUCAAUUUAAAAUUAUUGUACC